UAACUAAUAUAUAACCUUAGCCUACUUACCCAGUUUACCGCGCUAUCAACACCGAACCUCAACUAAUUUCAAGCCAACGCACAACACGAAGACAUCACACAAGCUCCAAUCAACAACAGUACCGUCCCGUCACAAACAGCAAAACAGCACGUAAUGAGCUUCUCCGCCAGCACUAUCCCUGGGGUACCAAUCUCCUGCGCGGUCCAAAUUCCCGCUCUGCACUCCGAAUUCCCCGGCCUCAUCGCCAUGGGCCCAAGCCGCUCAGAGCGUGAUGUCCUCUACCAAUGCUGUCACACGCUUCACACUGAGCUGUUCUCCGUGAACGAUACGGCAUGUCUGCAGACCGUCAUGUGCAAGGUGGCUGAGUGCACGCUGAACGAUCCGAGCUAUGCGUGUGUAGCGCUGCAGAGGGAGAGUUGGAAGAUCAACGGAACGUUUGCUUGCCUGAAGGGUUCCAAGGAGAGUAAAGGAGGCACUGUGAAGAGGUUUGGGUCCACAUGGAUGGUGAUUGCGGCUGUGGUGAGUCUGGUGGGCUUCGGUGCUCUAUGA